AUGACGUAUCUGAAAGUACAUAAUUUUUGUUUCAUCGAUGGUCCAAUAUAAUAAUUAAUUCGAUAGAAGUCUAAAAGCAACAGGUUUAAUGUCUAAGAAACGAGAGGAAGAGUAUGAGGCCGUUCUGAACAAACUUAGGAAGCAGUUUGAAGAACGGUUCAAUAACAACAAAGAAUCUUCAUCAGAAGGUCUAGAUAAUUAUGAGAAAUUUCGUACUUUGGGCACCGGUUCUUUUGGUCGAGUCCUCUUAGUUAAGGACAAAACGAAAAACACCUACCAUGCAAUGAAGGUGCUUUCUAAACAACAACUCAUUAGAACGAAACAAGUGGAGCACACGUUGUAUGAAAAGAAAAUGUUAAUGUCGUUGCAUUUUCCCUUCAUCAUAUCCAUGGACGCAUGUUUCAAAGAUAACGGAUACAUUUAUUUUGUAAUGCCUUUUAUUAAUGGCGGGGAGAUGUUCACACAUUUAAGAAAACUCGGUAAAUUCGAUGAAAAUUUGGGGAAAUUUUACGCAGCUCAAGUGGUCCUAGGUUUAGAAUAUUUGCAUCACUGUAAGGUAAUUUAUAGAGACUUAAAACCUGAAAACAUACUGAUCGACAGCAAAGGCUACAUCAAAAUAGCCGACCUGGGCUUCUGCAAGAUCAUAAACGGUCGCACGUGGACACUUUGCGGCACACCCGAAUAUAUCGCGCCUGAAAUCAUAUUGUCUAAGGGCUAUGGCUUCGCGGUGGACUGGUGGUCCUUUGGGGUGUUGUGUUUCGAAAUGUGCGCCGGAUAUCCGCCGUUCACGUCGUCGGAUCCCAUGAAGAUUUACGAAAGGAUCAUCGCAUGCAAAUACCGUCACGCCUCAAAUUUUUCGUUGGAGCUGCGGGAUCUGAUCACUAAUCUUCUCCAGACUGAUCUGUCUAGAAGAUACGGAAACUUAAAAGACGGAGUAGGUGACAUAAAGCAUCACAGGUGGUUUGACAGCAUUAACUACUCUAAAUUGUUCAUGAGAAAAAUAAAACCGCCGUUUGAACCCCACGUCAAAGGUCCGGAGGAUGCAUCACAAUUUGACAAAUGCGGCGAAGAUAAUCUUCCACAAAGCACAUACGUGUUGUACGAGGAUGAAUUUGCUGAAUUUUAGUAUUGAAAUGUACAGAUCUAAUAAAGUGUAAAACUAAAUAACUAUUUAUUAAACAAUUUAUUAGUUAGUAACACGAGUAAAGCUUAAAUUGUAUUGCAUAGAACUAAAGU